CUCCAAUAGCGCUCCGCACGCAGUUCUGGCUCCUCCCCCGAGUGGAUUAUUGAAGUUUCUUUAGUUUGUACAGCGGAGUCAUCACGCAGUCUAUGCUGCUCAGAGUGCGGAGAUAAAAACACGAGUGCACAAUGUUUCCAAGAAACCAUAGCGUGUACCUGACCCUGUUUCUGUGGAUUACAGCUUCCUGGAGCCUCGCGAAUGCCGCUGCGAAGAAGCAAGAAGAGUCCUUCUUCACGGGUAGCAUUUACCGUGCAAGAUGCGCUUCGAGGUGUCUCAGCCUUCACAUCACGCGCAUAUCGGCUUUUUUCAAGCAUUUUCAGAAUAAUGGAUCCUUGGUGUGGUGUCAGAACCAUAAACAAUGCUCAAAGUGUCUGGAGCCCUGCAAGGAAUCCUGGGACCUGAAGGAGAACCAGUGCCAGGACCUGUGUGAGCCUUUGUUUCCUAAGAAGCACUACGAGUGUCUGACGAGCUGUGAGUUCCUGAAGUCUGUGGAGACAGUGAAGCAGGGAGAUUGCCCUGCCCCGGAGAAGGCCAGUGGCUUUGCGGCAGCCUGCGUGGAGAGCUGUGAGGACGAUGGGGAGUGCUCCACUGUCAAGAAGUGCUGCUCUAAUGGCUGCGGACACACCUGCCAGCUGCCCAAGAACCUUUACAAAGGAGCACCACUGAAGCCCAGGAAGGAGCUGAGCUUUGCCGAGCUUCAAUCAGGCCAGCUGGAGAUCCGCUGGUCCUCCAAGUUCAACAUCUCUGUGGAGCCGGUUCUGUAUGUGGUACAGCGGAGGUGGAACUACGGCAUCCACCCCAGCGAAGAUGAUGCCACAGACUGGCAGACCGUGGCACAGACCGCAGAGGAGCGUCUCCAACUGGCCGACAUCAGAGCCAGCAGGUGGUACCAGUUCCGAGUGGCUGCCGUCAAUGUCCACGGGACCCGGGGCUUCACCGCCCCCAGCAAGCACUUCCGCUCCUCCAAAGACCCCUCCGCGCCCCCUGCUCCAGCCAGCCUGAGGAUCACCAACAUGACAGUCAACGCCGAUGGGAAGGUCUCAGCCCGUCUCAACUGGACAUUGCCAGAGGAACCUGACAUCCCUGUCCACCACUACAAAGUGUUCUGGAGCUGGAUCGUCAGUGACAGGGCCAUGGUGCCAUCCAAGAAGAAGAGGAGAAAGACCACCAAUGGGGCCCAGAACUUUGUGGAUCUGGAGGGCCUCCAGGCCAACAGCAGCUACACGGUGGAGCUGCAGGCAGUGACGUACUGGGGGCAGGUGCGCCUGAAGAGCCCGAAGACCUCCCUUCGCUUCACCACCGCCCGGCUCAAUGACACAAAAGACCCACUGUCAAAACCAAAGAAAGACGAGGCACUGACUUCGGUUUCUACCCUGGUUAAACGACCUACAGGACCGCUGGAGUUGGGAACCCCCUUUUAUCAGGAUGGACAGCUGCAGGUCAGGAUCUACUGGAAGAAGAGAGGAGACUCCAUCGCCAGUCGAUACCAUGUCCAGUGGGCCCCUGAGUUCUGCAGCCACAAUGAGACCAGAGACCCGGAGAAAUCUGUCACCCAGGAGAACUACAUCAACCUCCCGGGCCUGCUCUUCUCCUGCAAGUACAAAGUCACUGUGCACACAAUGAGGUCUAAGGGUCGCUCCAAGGCGGAGAGCACGACGUUCCUCACUCCGUCCUGCGCCACGAUCAGAGCGAAGACCCACAAGCACAUCCACUGUCCUGGGGAAGGAGGCGCUGUUCUUCCCAAAGUGCUGGCCAAGCCAGAGAACCUGACAGCAUCCUUCUCCAUCCAUGAGGGGAACAUCACAGGGAGCUUCCUCUGGAGGGUGUCCAGGCCCCACCCACAUCAGCGUGUCACGGGCUUUCAGGUCACCUGGGCGGAGGUCACCACAGAGAGCCGGCAGAACAGCCUACCCAACAGUAUCAUCUCUCAGUCCCAGAUACUGCCCCCGGACCAUAAUCUCCUGGUGGUUUCCAACCUACGACCAGGGACGUACUACCGACUGGAGGUACAGGUAAUAACAACAGCAGGAGAAGGCCCAGCUACCAUGAAGACCUUUCAGACUCCCACUCUGUCACCAGCCCUUCAACACAGGCCCAGGCUCAGACAGCAUCACCAGCACCACCAGAAGCCAUCGGCUGAGAAACACUGAAGACGGGGCCAGACAGAACCCAGCAGGACCAGAACCGGUCGCAGAGGGGGGCACCUCAGCAGAGCGGAGGAAUGAAAAAACGGAAACGAAUGAAAAAAUAUGGCAGAUUGUGCAUGUACUUCAACUCACGUUAGGUGGGGUUGUCCUGCAGGCCACACAGCUGGCUGAGAACAACCACACAGCCACAACGGUUUUUCCCUCAUUAACCCAUCUUCGCACAGAGCCCCGGGGCAAUGGGGCGGCAUUCUCACCUGAUCCAGGAGGAGUUGCACUGUCUUCAUAAAGUCAAUAAAAAAUAAUAAAGCCACAGCAUAACCCUAGAAAUUGUGAAUGCAUCUUGUGCAAAAACUGAAGUGUCGUGGAUAACAGCAAAAGAACAGGAAGGUAUUUCUCUUCAAAGAGUAUGACAGGAUUAGUUACAACAAAAAUAUAAUUACAUAAAGGAACCCUAGCAAAAAAGACUCUUGAAAAUAAUGGAAAGUAUGCCAUAAUAAUUGUAAAAUACAAUCAUUAUAAUUGUCAUCUCCGUGAGGAAAGUUGUUUCGGAUUCUACUAUUUAUUAUACUGUGUCAAGUAAGAAAUAAUGGCGCUUAAAAACACAAUACUGAUGGAUGAUGCAACUAGAGCCAGUGAAUUCAGACAGAGAAAACUGCAGAAAGUGUGUCAUUGCAUGUAGACAGCCAUUUGAUUUAAACUGUAAAUGUUGCUCGCUUCAAACUGAAUGCUUUUCAUGGUUUUGCAUGACAAAACAUAGUGUUCUAUUCUAGGCAUGAAAUACGUCUUUACCUUGUUACCUCUUUUGAAUAUGUUAGCAAGAUUCCACUAACAGAUUAACAGAGAA